CGCCUCCGCUUUCCCCCGCCCCUCUCCGGUUAUUCCUGCACUCUUCUGACUGGGAUCCGCAGCCGGGUGAACGCCGACAGCUUUUCGGUAAGGGGACUAACUCGACAGCGAGGCCCCCCGGCCCCUUCCUCCUCCUCCUUUUCCCCCCUUGCUCCCUUUCACAUUCCCCUGUUUAUUUGGGUUGAGUGUUUUUCUUGUCUCCUUAUCCCGGGAUUUGUGGAGGAUCUUGUGAGCCCCGCUCGGUGGCGGCUUGGAGUCGGGUCGGGACGAGGCCGCACCGCGGGCUGCUGAGCACAGGGGGGAUGACUUUAGAGUCGAUGAUGGCUUGCUGCCUGAGCGAAGAGGCGAAGGAGUCGAAGCGGAUCAACGCCGAGAUCGAUAAGCAGCUGCGCCGGGACAAGCGAGAUUCCAGGCGGGAACUGAAGCUGCUGCUGCUCGGUACAGGAGAGAGCGGCAAGAGCACAUUCAUCAAACAGAUGCGCAUCAUUCAUGGCAGUGGCUACACAGACGAGGACAAGCGCGGCUUCACCAAGCUGGUGUACCAGAACAUCUUCACGUCUAUGCAGUCCAUGAUCCGUGCCUGCGAGAACCUCAAAAUCGGCUACAAGUACGAGCAGAACAAGGCUCACGCCAUGCUGGUGAAAGAGGUGGACAUCGAGAAGGUGUCGUCCUUCGAUCAUCCCUACAUUGGCGCUAUUAAGGUGCUGUGGUCGGAUCCAGGCAUCCAGGAGGCUUACGACCGCCGCAGGGAGUACCAGCUUUCUGACUCCACUAAAUACUAUCUGUCCGAUCUGGAUCGUAUCGCCGAAACGUCUUAUCUACCCACCCAGCAGGAUGUGCUCAGGGUUCGAAUCCCCACCACAGGGAUCAUCGAGUACCCUUUCGACUUGCAAAGCAUCAUUUUCAGGAUGGUGGAUGUGGGUGGGCAGAGGUCCGAGCGCAGGAAGUGGAUCCACUGUUUCGAGAAUGUGACGUCCAUUAUGUUCCUGGUGGCGCUGAGCGAGUACGACCAGGUGCUGGUAGAGUCCGACAACGAGAACCGUAUGGAGGAGAGUAAAGCUCUCUUUAGGACGAUAAUCACAUAUCCCUGGUUCCAAAACUCCUCAGUCAUCCUCUUCCUCAACAAGAAGGAUCUGCUGGAGGAGAAGAUCACCUACUCCCACCUGGUCGACUACUUCCCUGAGUUUGAUGGGCCGCAGCGGGACGCUCAGGCGGCGAGGGAGUUCAUCCUCAAAAUGUUUGUGGAUCUGAACCCAGACAGCGACAAAAUCAUCUACUCACACUUCACCUGCGCCACAGACACGGAGAACAUCCGCUUCGUCUUCGCCGCCGUCAAAGACACCAUUCUGCAGCUCAACCUCAAAGAGUACAACCUGGUGUAGUUCACCAUCUCCGAGAUCUAUUUGCUCAAUUCAGCACAGAACAGGCACCCACACACACACACACACACACACACACUUAUACUCACAUUUACACACACACACACACACACACACACACACACACACACACACACACACCCCACACCCCACCACUCACCUUCACUGUAAUCCAGCUUCUUGAUUUUUCACCCUGUUUUAUCCAGCUGGGUGAGGGUGGUGGGGACGUUCCUGCUUUAGUGUGCGUCCACUUUUUCUUGUCGGCAGCUCGUGUCAAACUGAUGCCUCCAUCCCUCAAUCAAAGUUGAGCGUCUGAAUUUCGGUUGGGUUCUGGACUCAGACUUUUGUGUUUGAUCCUCAUCUUUUAUUUUGGAAACGUUAAGGAACCGAUCAGGCUGGAUGCACACGGAAAUGCAAAAGAUACCAAAAUACGCCGGCAUGGAAACUGGAAGAGACGUCCCGUCACUCUUUCUUCUGCUUCUUAUAUCCAAAUAAAUCCAUGUUUGUUCUGUCUGGAUGGACGAGAUGUUUGGUUUAAAAAAUCGGCAGAAUUUCAAGUUACCUGUUUCCACCCAGACACACCCAGAGCGCUGCGGUGUCAGAAGUUCACAACGGAUCCUUUAAAUCCAGAACGCUUCUAGUGGUUUCAGGAUUGCAGAAGAUUUUCCAGUGGGUUCCAGUGCUUCAGAGAACCUUUCUCUUAGAGCUGAGCAUCGUGUUGAUGAAUGUAGACUUAGCAUAUGCAUUGCAAUCGCAAAAAAAGAAAAUCAGCAAAAAAACAAAACAGGAAAAUGAUUGAACACAGAAUAUGGAUGCAUAUACGAGGGCAAGGUGAUACAAAUCAGUGGAUACAUUGAUCAGAUGAUCGUUUUAAUUUUUAUUCAUAAUGGUAGGUAUAUAAACUAUAGCUGUUUACUGUAAUCGAAUGAAUUAUAACAGAGUGAAUCACUAAUGGGUUAAAAAAUGAAAAAGGUGUCUGCAGAUUAUAGCCUAAUUCUGACGGGAUUAGUUUUUCAUGGGGACCUGCAGUAAUUCUCUGCCCCCUCCUGUGAUAAAGCAUGUGUUCCACCUUUGAUUCAGAUUUUGAAUAGCAAAAAUCAGCAAACUUUAUAUAUAUUUUAAAAGAGUGGGUUUAGUUUAUGCUAAAAAUAUAGGGUAGUAAUAGAAGUAAGAAAUGUAAAAGUAAAGGAAUGCAAAUCCCAUAUUAGUGCUUUGAGUGUCGGGUAAUUGUGACACUGAUCUAAUCACAGUGAUCGUUAUGGUAAAGCCCAGUGUGAACACUUCACUACAACCUCAGUGCAUUUGCACUUUAUGCAACUGGACGGCACAUUGGCUCGGUGGGUAGCACCGUCGCCUCACAGCAAGAAGGUCCUGGGUUCGAUCCCCAGGUGGAGUGGUCCAGGUCCUUUCUGUGUGGAGUUUGCAUGUUCUCCCCAUGUCUGUGUGGGUUUCCCCCGGGAGCUCCAGUUUCCUCCCACAGUCCAAAGAGUUGCAAGUGAGGUGAAUUGGAGAUACAAAAUUGUCCAUGACCAGUGGAGCGAAGCAGCACCGGCACUAGAAACUUGCUGUCUUGCAUGUAUUUAAUGACCAUGUAAAUGCAGGAUUUCCUCCACAGAGCAGAAACUAAUCCUGUCUGAAUAAGGCUGCUGAUGCUUUAUUUUUUGCAGAUUUCUACACCAUUUUUUUUUUUGCUUUCUUUUGGAUUUUCUUUUCCACAGCUACAGCUAUCUCUAGCUUUGCCUCCGUUUCUGUUCAGCAUCUAUUACUACUUAAGUUCAGAUGUAACAGUAACAUGCGCUCCUGCUGGUACUGUACUCCCCAAGUUUACCAGGAGUACACUUCCGGCCCGGAUCUGUCUCCAGAGGCCCGUAUGCGCACACUUCUUUAUUUGUUUACGCCUUUUUAAAUGCAUAUACAACUUGGAUAAUAAUAAGUGGUUGUGGAGACAGAUUUAAGUUUAGCUUCAUUUGCGGUUGGGAGCUAUUUUAAGUGAAGGGUGCAGGAAGUUCAUUGAUUCUGUAUAUUUAUAUUUGUAAAUACGUAUACACCUUAUUGCUUAUGUAAAAAAAGUCUGUGGUACAGUAUCUUUGGCAAAAAGGAAAAAAAUUCACUUCGUAAUUGUGUACGGUUCCGGUUGGUUUUCUUAUGAAUUACAAUAUUAUUGAUACUGUGAUUUAUUUUUUUGUUUGUUUUCUUUAUUAUAAUUACAGAUGAAAUAUGCGUAGCUGUACAUGUCAGUGACAAUACGUGGUUAUGAGCAAUAGCAAAUUGAAAGCGCGUCGCUGCAGGGAAACAUCUGUCGUUUCUCUGUCGGGUUUGCCUGAAACCACAAGUACAGUCCCUCUUAUAGUGUGAAUGUUAUUUCUCUGAGUAUAAAAUGAGUAAAGGAUUAAAAGAGGAGAAAUCUAAUAAGUAAUUAAAAUAAAUGAUAGUUUAUUUAUCUAAUUUAUGGAGCAGAUUUAAAGUGGGGUCUUUUCUGCUGUAUAUUGAUGAAAUGAUCGGCUUUUAUUGUUUCCCCUCCUUUUCAAAACGGUAGUUGUCAUGAUUUUAGUACACGUCUAAUCAAACCACAUCAUAAUGAAGUGCUUUUUAGAAAAUUAGGAUACGAAAGCCUUUUAGAAUGGCUGCUCUGUCUAAGCUUAGGUACAUAGAAAUUGUUUUUGAUUAUUUAAUACAUGCAGUAAGAUCACCGUUGUGCAGUGAUGCACUGGUAAAAGUUACCUUCCAUUGUUUUUCCACCAAGGGCUAAUUAAAGAAACGCAUAAAAUCCUUACAGACCGGCCGCAGAAAAGACACGAGAGGGUCCUCGUUCAUUGUUCAAGAAUCAACAGUGCAGUUGGAUGAGCAUUCAAGGAUCGAUCACAUUUCUGGUCUCAUGAUUCGAUCUGAUUGGGUAAAAUUGUCCCAAAAAUAAAUGUUAUUGUCCAGAGCCAAAUGCUAAACUCACAGUUUCUGCAUUGUCCACAUUCUUUCUGUAUUAUUGUUGUAUAUUUGUGAGAAGUUUCAAUCCAUAGAUGAAAAUGGGAUAAAAAAUCCUCUGUAUUUGCAAUAUUGGAAUGACCGUUUCAGGAUGGCGACACUAUAAAUAUGUAUUUGAUUGUUAAAGUUUGAAAGCUAUUGAUGGUAACGGAUGUACAUGCUUGUCCUCUAAGGACUCUUAUGUUGUAUAACGGCCUGAUUAUUUUAUAUGCACUUUUUAAUCAUUUCUUGUUCUUCUCUUGCCACAAAGACGGUAAAUCCCUUCAGUCCCAAAUGAAGAGCAAGCCAGGCGUCGGUAGCUACGUGUAUCUGCUGCAAGCACGCGUAAUUAAUUACACAUAUCAGCUUGCCAUGCAUAGAGAAGUCUUCAAUUCUUCUUAGCUGUAUUAUUAUUUUGUGCAACGCAGAUGUACCCAGAGUUAUUAGGAAAAUUUCUACCUCUGUGAGAACUGACGAGUAGGGCAUUUUCAGUAUGUUAAAGCACAUGCGUCACUAAAUAGAGUGUAAUGUAAUGUAGAAAAGAUCAAGUAUCCAAACACGCAUUGUUUCUGCUUCUUUUUCAGUCAGUUCCUGUCAGCUGUUAGGAUUGAGAUGAAUCAGGUUGUUUUUGUGAUAUACUAACAAAAUAUGCCAGUGUGUUUAAACCUAAUCUUAAUCUACCCCACCUGUGAUGAGUCUUAAGUAUUAUGGGCAAAAAUUGUACAUUUCCCUGAAAGUAACAGACAACCUGCAGACUCAAAUUCACUUAUAAUGGACGUUUAAUAGCAGCUGAUGAGGCACAUUUAUGUUGAUAUUAUUAUUAUUUUGCUUAAAUAUUUUACAAUCAGCCAUUAGAGGUCAUAAUUGCAGCAGUUAUGAGGAAUCUCCUCCAGCAUUCCACCCUCAGACAAGCCAGGCAUUGUCCGUAUAGGCACCUGACAUGCAGGUAGCAGAGCUGAGAUUCAAACUCGGAAGUGCAACGAUGCAACCUUAACCCUGCUAUAGCUUACUAGCUCAGCACUGUCAGAUUUAUUUUAAUAUCUCCUGGUACUUUACGGGAGUCCCUGAUGCCAUGUAUCCUAACAAGGUUCCAAGGACAUUUGGAGAGGGGCAGAAGCAGACCCAAAAUAUCAUCUCCUCCAUAAUAGUAAACAGUAUGGACUGGGUUUUUGUGUAACUAUUAUUCUUUUGACUCCAAAUCCAUCAGAAAUAUUAUUAAAUAUGGUAAAAGCUAGCAGUCUUUAAAAACUAAAGUUUGUGGUUAGCCUUUUUUUUUUAUUUUAGCUUCUUCUAAUCUCCAACCAUAAUCAGUGGGGAAGAUUUCACCUUCCUUGCCACCUUACUUGCUGCCUAGGGGGCAAAAUACACCUGCGUCCUCGUCCAGGCAGAUUCGUUACAGCUCUGAUUUAUUAAACCUUUUUUUUUUUAUUGUUGCCUUAAAAGUGGAUGUUUUAUUUCACUUUUUAUAUGGCCAGUUUCUGAAGGUGACCACAUUUUAGUGUCGUUUUGUAUUUGGCCUGUUGCAUCCCAGUGCCAGUUACACCCCAGUAAAACAAGAAGUCAUGAAUUACCAUUUAAGAGUUUUAAUGCUUCUAUUUUAAGUGAAUUUGAGUAAAAAGGUUUGUCAGUAAUUGUCAAUUGUAGUUGCAUAUACAGUACAGAUGCUGUUAAGAGUAGGAAAAACACUGGGCUAUAUUUACAGUCCCUCACUUCUAGGGUUCUGAUUGGAUGGAAACAGACAUGAUUUGAGUUUACCACCCUUAAUGCAGUGUUGGCCACACGUUUCUUUGUUUAUAGUCAGAUUUUAUUCUAUUAUCUGCUCAGUAUCAGAGGACCUGGCCUGUAUUUUAGUCAUGUGGUAGUCAACUCACCGGUGGCUGAAGCGGAACUCAAGUUUACACAAGUUUCAGUAUCACAGAUCACAGCUGGUUAUGAUUGUUAGUCAUAGAAAUGAAAGUAUUUAAGCAAAUGAAUUUGAUAGCGGUACAUUGGAAAUAUUUGGCACUUUACAGAUUUGGAGCCAGUUAGGAGCAUUAAUGAUCUAGUCAGUAACAUUAAAUAGCGGGACUGCUACACAUCUGCAGGUUGCUAUACACUCUCAGAAAUGCAAGUAUGUCUUUUGUGCCCUUAGGUUGUACAUUUAAUCUAUUCUCAUGUAAAAUAUACAAACUAAAGGCACAAAAACUACCACAGUGGGUGUAGAUUCGCCUCCUUGGCCAUUCACUUCCUUGCUGCUGGUAAGAGAUGUGGAGGAAUACCAAGAGUGUAGUGUGGUCUACUGGAUGUGUUCAACUGGUCAGUGGUUACACUUAUUGGUGCAGGUUUGGCAGAGGUUGCCGAAGUGUCGUGGGGAAUUGAGUAUAUCAAAAUUAGGAAAGGGUUGAGUGGUUUUAUUUCUGAGAGUGUAUGUUCCCUCUGAAAUUAUUAUUAUUAUUUUAACACUAGGACCAUAUUUUUCUUUGGGGACUGAAUGAUGUGUAGUGAGAGGCAUGUAAAAUGAAUGACUCUUUCUGUUUGUUUCUAAGUAAACCAAAUGUAAAUGUUGUAUUAUAUUGUGUGCCAAUCCUCUGACGGAGACUGAUUUUAUAAAAGUGCCAAUCAUCGUCCAGAUCACACAAGGACUGAGAGAUGAUUCACGGUCCCCCUUUUAAAUCCAUACUGCGACACUAAUUGAGAGAGAAAACAAUGACUCUGUUCUGUAUUUAAGAAAAACUGCUGUUUUCUUGGUUUUUUUUAUUAAUAAUUGUGAUUUUGAAAUGCAUGUGCUCUGUGUUGGGGUUGGAAUUUACGGGCUAAGAAAAAUAUAUUAAUAUUAAAACCCUCAGGAUGAGGGAUCAUAUUGAAUAUUUACAGCAUUUUUGCCAUAUUUUCAUCUUUAUUUGUAUUGAUUCAUUUCAACCACCGUUGCCUGAACCUCAUUCAAACAUGGAAAAGAUUUUCAUAACCGCCUUCUAAAAAAACUUUAAAAUAAAAUAAAAAAUAAACUAUCUGUUUUAAAUUUAAAUAAAUUUGUUCCUAUACUUGC